CGAAGACCCAGCUUCUCAUUUGGUGUCAUGCUAAAAAUAUUCAUUCUUGCUAUGUUGGGUAUAACAAUUCAGCAAAAUGUAUACUACGUUGGACUCCAUCUCAUUUCUCCAAGUGUUGCCAGUGCCUUGGGCAAUGUCAUUCCUGCUUUUACUUUCUUAUUGGCAAUUGUACUGAGGAUGGAAAAGCUCAACUUGAAGACUGUAAGAGGGAGGGCCAAGCUUGCAGGGGCCAUCUUCUGCAUCACUGGUUCCCUGAUCUUCACAUUUUGGAAAGGUCAUUUUGUUGGGGGCCUUUGUUACUUCACCUAUGAUCCAACUUCAUUUCGAAAGUCCUGAGAAAGGCGAUGCCUGGCUUAAAGGCUCUGCUCUUAUGCUAUUCGGCUAUUUUGCAUGCAGUGUAUCACUUGUUCUUCAGGUAUUGCGUCAAUGGUGUCCCUUGUGUUGUCAC